AUGCGUGCCUCAACCUUCUUCACAUCCACCUUCUUCGCCGCCACAGCGCUCGCGCACGGCAACAUCGUCUCACCGCCUGUCCGCCUCCCAGGUCCUGUCACGCAGCAAGUCUGUGGUGCGGAUACCGUCUCUGCCCUCACCGCGGACGAAACCGGUCCUCUGGAGAACAUUCCCAGCAACGGCGCACCUGACUGCAACGUUUUCCUCUGCAAGGGUGUUCAGUUCGAAGACAACCAGAACAACGUUCAGGCUUUCGCACCCGGAGAGCAAGUCGACUUUGCUGCCGAGCUGCCAAUUCCCCACGAAGGCCCUUGCAAUGUAUCUGUCGUGGACCUUGCGACAAACACCCUGGUCGGACAGCCGUUGAUCUCCUUUGCUUCCUACGCCGAUGAGAACCUUGCCCAAUUGCCUUUGAACAACACCCAGUUCAGCGUCACCAUGCCCACCGACCUCGGAACCCAAUGCCAACAGCCUGGCGAGUGCGCUAUGCAAUGGUUCUGGUUCGGCACGAACGCCCAGCAGACUUACGAGAACUGCGUUGAUUUCGUCAUGACCGCAUAA